CAAGAACGUGAACAGUCCACUGCGCCUGCGCGGUCUACCGGACAAGAUGGCGACCAGCAAUGGAGGAGGAAUGGAAGUGGAUGGGGCAGCCAGCCCCAGUGUCAUGGCCUCAGGGGUCACCGGAAGCGUCUCUGUGGCCUUACACCCUCUGGUUAUCCUCAACAUAUCCGACCACUGGAUACGCAUCCGCUCACAGGAGGGACGACCAAUGCAGGUGAUUGGCGCCCUGAUCGGGAAGCAGGAGGGGAGAAACAUCGAGGUCAUGAACUCCUUUGAGUUGCUGUCUCACACCAUAGAUGACCGAGUGCACAUUGACAAGGAGUACUAUUACACCAAGGAGGAGCAAUUCAAGCAGGUCUUUAAAGAGAUGGAGUUCUUGGGCUGGUACACCACAGGAGGCCCCCCUGACGCAUCAGACAUCCACAUUCACAAGCAGGUGUGUGAGAUUAUUGAGAGCCCUCUCUUCCUCAAGCUCAACCCAAUGACCAAACACACUGAUCUUCCUGUUAGUGUUUAUGAAUCUGUGAUUGACAUCAUCAAUGGCGAGGCUACCAUGUUGUUUGCUGAGCUGACAUACACGCUGGCCACAGAGGAAGCAGAGAGAAUCGGCGUUGACCACGUAGCUCGAAUGACAGCCACCGGCACAGGGGAGAACUCAACAGUUGCCGAACACCUUAUAGCCCAGCACAGUGCGAUAAAGAUGCUCCACAGCCGGGUGAAGAUCAUUCUAGAGUACGUCAAAGCUGUGGAAUCAGGAGAGGUGCCAUUUAACCACGAGAUCCUUCGAGAAGCAAAUGCCCUGUGCCACAGAUUGCCGGUCCUCAGCACCAUAAAAUUCAAAACUGACUUCUAUGAUCAAUGUAACGACGUGGGCCUCAUGGCCUAUUUAGGCACCAUCACCAAGACCUGCAACAGUAUGAACCAGUUCAUCAACAAGUUCAACGUCCUGUACGACAGACAGGGCAUCGGCCGGAGGAUGAGAGGACUCUUCUUUUAAGCUGGCAGUUCGCCGAAGCAGAGAAGCAAACAAGCACUGCAGUUUCUUUUUCUGUUUUG